AUGGGAGAAGAUACGCGGGCAUCGCAGGACAAAAACGCGCAGAAUUCGAUGGAGAAUGGGCCACGUUUGGGAGCGGGGGGUCCAGAUGCCGCGCAGCAAAUUGAAUGCAGCAGCAUCCCAAACGGCGACCGCGGCUCUGCCGCCAAUACGCGUUUAUACAAGAGGCGCUGGAUGAUCGUGUUCCUGUUCAGCGCAUAUUCCCUGAGCAACGCGUACCAAUGGAUCCAGUACGGGAUCAUCAACAACAUAAUGAUGAAGUUCUACAACGUGGAAGCCUUCUCUAUAGACUGGCUGUCCAUGAUCUACAUGCUCACCUACAUCCCAUUCAUCUUCCCGGUUACCUGGCUCCUGGAUAAGAAAGGGCUGCGGGUCACAGCGCUGCUGGCCAACGCGCUCAACUGCGCCGGGACAUGGAUCAAGGUGGCCAGCGCCAAACCCAACUUGUUCGGGGUGACCAUGGUCGGACAGCUUGCAAGUUCCCUUGCCCAGGUGUUCAUCCUCGGCAUGCCAUCCCGUCUGGCGUCGGUCUGGUUCGGCGCGGAUGAGGUUUCCACCGCCUGCUCCAUCGGAGUUUUUGGGAAUCAGAUGGGUAUCGCCAUUGGGUUCCUGCUCCCUCCCAUCCUUGUGCCUAAUGUGGACGAUAUCAAUGAGCUGGCGAACUACAUCAGAAUCAUGUUCUACAUCAGCGCAGGAGUUGCCACCCUCAUCUUUAUCCUCGUGGUCAUUGUGUUUCAGGAGAGACCGGAGAUCCCUCCCACCCAGGCCCAGGCUCAUGCCAGGAACAUCCCCCCCGGCGAGUACUCGUACACAGCUUCUAUCUUGAGGCUGCUGCGCAACAAGCCCUUCAUGCUCCUGGUGGUCACCUAUGGGCUGAACGUCGGCUGCUUCUAUGCUAUUUCCACACUGUUGAAUCAGAUGAUCAUUGAACAAUAUCCUGGUGAAGAAGUGAAUGCUGGGAGAAUUGGUCUGACUAUUGUUGUUGCUGGCAUGGCGGGGUCCAUCAUAUGUGGCAUUUGGCUGGACAAGACCAAAACAUACAAACAAACCACCUUGGCUGUAUAUCUCCUCUCUCUGAUUGGGAUGCUGGUUUACACCUUCACCCUCAACCUGGGUCACCUGUGGGUGGUGUUUGUCACAGCUGGAGUUUUAGGCUUCUUCAUGACAGGAUAUCUACCUCUGGGCUUUGAGUUUGCAGUAGAGCUUACCUAUCCAGAGUCAGAGGGAACCUCAUCUGGACUGCUUAACUGUUCAGCUCAGAUCUUUGGAAUCAUUUUCACCAUCUCCCAAGGGAAGAUUAUUGAUAGAUGGGGCACUUUAGCAGGAAACAUCUUCCUGAGCAUCUUCCUGCUAAUAGGAACAGUACUGACAGGAUUCAUCAAGUCCGAUCUCCGACGCCAGAAGGCCAAUCUUCAACAGUCUGAGGUGCAGGCAAUGAGUCCUACAGGCUCUAUGUCAUCGGUGCAGGACUACGGGGCCACAACGUGCAGCGGCCACUGGCAACAGCAGUCUUCACAUAAACCCACAACCUCACUAAAAUCCAAACACACACCUGCCAAGAAAGCGAAAGCUGAUCUAGAAGGAGUCAUCUCUCCCCCUGAAGUCCUGACAGAGAGGAAAUUAUAAGGAGCAUAGACUGUCAAAGAUACCGUGUACAGAUUCAAACAGACGUACUGACACUGUCAAACAUAAACAUGCACACACGGCCACAUAGAAGAAAAAAAAAGCUGCUGUGAAGAGUGAGCACAUGGAGAGUGAACAUACUGAGCAGCCCUCUGUGAGGCCUUAAAAACCUGCAGACCUGAACGCCACGAUCUGGCCUGAACACCAGACAUUCACACUAAUAUCCCAAGUGCAACUUAGCUCAUUUCAAACAAAGCUCAAGUCAAUCAUGCACAAGGGGAACACACUUGGAACCUCAAUAGUUUUUACACCCCUACACAAAAUCAUCUUUGUAAACAUUAUUGUAUCUAAUGUAGGCAUUGUAUAUGUCCUGUCAGUGCAAUACAACUGCCACUUUAGUGACUCCAACAUUACUACACUCUUUCACUUAACUUUAACUUUCGUAAGCUUUUACAGUCCCCCUCUGAUUAGUGUUAAUGUAGUGUUCUAUGCAUCUAAUGAGCAAUAUUUAAACUGUGUUUCUUCACAUUGGACCAAUAUUGUGUGUAAGUGAACGGAGUCUUUACAUUGCUGAAGCAUUCUAUUGAGUGUUAGUGUUUAAUGCAGACUAAGCACUGUGCUGUGUCUCCUGGCGUGGCAGUCAGAUCAACAAGGCUCAUCUUUGCCUGCCAUUCAGGAUCACAUGGAAGUAUUACUUCUGCAACCUGCUGAUUAUAAAUAUGAUUGAUGCUGUGCAUCAGUUUUGUCCUUGUUUUACUGUAAGUGAUCUCUACAAGACAUUUGGUGAUACAUAACUGGAUGAACAUGUGAGAGCUUCUGGAACAUGAAGAAUGAUGGCACAGCACAAAACAUGAUGGAAGGCAAGUCGAUCUACUGCAGUUGUCAUUUUGCACAAGAAAAUGUUUUUGUGUACUUAGCUUGUAAAAUUGUUACUGAGAAAUGAAGUUCAUGCUAUGUAACCAGUGUUUGUACAGUUUAUCAUUAACAUGUUUUACUUGAUGUGUUGUGGCAAGCUGUCUGGUGAUUUUAUAAUGAAUGUUUUUCAGUGGUAUUUUAGUACAUUUUAACAGUGCAGCACAAAUAUUAAAUGUUUGUCAAAAGAAAAAAAACAAUUACACCCUUGGAAACAAGA